CCCUGACGGGAGAGGCGGGCCCGGCCUCCUCAGGGCGCGGCCCGGCGGCUCAUCCGCGGGAGGAGCGACGCCGGCGGGAGAGAGAGAAUGAAGCGGGAGGGCCGCUGCGGCGCUCGAGCCGGGCUGAGAUUUGGUGCUUAAAAAUGCACUGAUUUAUUUAUAGCACGAUUCAAUAUUUGACCUAAAAGCGGCAUCAUGUCCAAAGAAAUGAAAGAACUCCAGAAAGGGUGGCACUCAGUCAUGGAAACUGUUCAUAGCAACCCACAUGUUGUUGCUUUUAUGAACUCUCGAGUUGGCCAGUACUUAGAUGACCAUCCUUUCGUUGCACUGUCACUGUUGGUCUUCAUUGCAGCAUCUGCAAUUCCAGUUGCAUUCUUUCUGGUUUUUGUUGUUGCCACAACUGUAAUUGCCUGCAUUGGAGUGAUUGUCAUGGAAGGUUUUGUAAUCUCGUUGGGAGGACUCACCCUGCUGUGUGUUCUUGGUGGAUUGGGCAUGCUGUCACUGGCGGUGUCUGGAGUGCUCAGUGUUUGUUACAUGUCUCUUACUACUCUGCUCAGCUACUGGCCCACUCCAGACAGUCUGUCAAAGAAAGAAAUAGCUAAUGGAAGCAGGUUUCUGCCCAGCAACCCUCCUGCCUUAGACCAAGAUGAUGCUAAUAAGAAGACUGAAUAAAUUUGACUGGUGCUUCCAAACACUUCCAAGAGCAGCACUUUUUUAAAAAUGCAGAUUUUUUGAAGCAAUUGUUACAUUUUCAUGACUACUUGCCUGUCAGAACGCUCAAGUCUUGGUUUCUGGGGUGGUAGUGAUAAGAACAGUGAAUAAAUUGGAUUGGUGCUUGGAA